CCUCUGGUGGUUACCAGUAGCAGUCUACAUUUUCAAAGCGUUCAGAAAGGGCCUGGUGCGCGACGCCAGCUUUCGUCUAGUUCUUCAAGGAUGGGAGUACUGGGAGGCGAUGCUCAUGUGCCAAUCGGGAGCCAAGUUAGUCCCGGGAGUGUAGUGGUGACGAACAACGAGAGCUUUGGACACAGGAAGCUGCUCAAAGGGGUGGAUUUCCUGGUCCGGAUCAAGGCCUUUGCCUUCUGCCUUGCUGUGAUCGUGCUGCUCAAGAACAACGUCCAGACUACCGUCAUCGCUCCUGGGAUAGUUUUGCAAGCGAAAUACAACAACACCAAAGCCCCAGUCUCACUGCUCGUCUUAGCAUCCAUUUGCUGUGGCUAUGCUUUCCUCCAGGCAGUCGUAUCGUUGCUAUCGUUUAUAAGAGACAAGAGGGUGCUUAACAACACGGUGCUCGCUUGGCUCACCUUUCUUCUGGACCAGGUUUUAACAUAUUUGCUACUGGGGUCUGCCGCGGCCACGGCAGAGGCUGCGUACAUCGCCAAGAGAGGCGAGGACAAAGUCCAGUGGAAGGCGGUGUGUGGGCCUUUCAAGAGAUUUUGCGACCACUUCGCCGCCACCGUGUUCCUCUCCUUCAUUGCCGUCAUUGCCUUCGCCGUGUCGGCUGCUAUCUCGGCCUACUAUCUCUUCAGGAAGAGCAAAGGCUUCAAGUAAAUUUACAGCAGACUAUGGAAGCAGCAGCAGUGUAGAUUUUUUCUCUCGUUUUUUUUUCUUGUCCCUUUGACGAACUAGCUAAAGAAAUGAAAGAAGAUACAAUGUUCCAUUC